AUGGCGGAUGACGGUGUUGCCAACGACGGCGUAGAUGAUCAGUACGGUGAGGAAUCGACGACGAAGAUCGAAGUGUUGCAACGCGAACGCGAUGAAUUGGUGAACGAGAACGCCACAAGGAAGGAGGAGAUCAAGAAGCUGACGGCAGAGCUCGACAUUUUGCAAAGAGAAGACGCGACGAAUAAUGAGAAGAUCGAGGAGAUGCAGCGAGAGGUGGCGCAGUCGCGCGACGCGGCGAAGGCGGCCGAGGUUAUCGCGGCGAGGGCAACGGACCUGGAGACGGAUGUGGCGAGGCUAUUACACGAUUUGAUAUCAAAGAUGGCUGCGGCGGAGGAGGCGAGGGCGAAUGCUUCUGAAUUGAUGAAGAAUUUAGGGGAGAAGAGUCGUUGGUUGAGUCUUUGGAGAAGGAACUGA